UUUCCGGUCUGGGUCUCAUUGUUUUGUUGAAGGGUGGUUAAGGUUUAAGCGCGGACACGUGAACAACGGUGCAAUUUUCUUCACCUGUGGACCGAUGUAUCAAAACUAGAUGGCAUGGAGUCUAUGGACACAAGGAGUCUGUUACGGUGUCGAUGCUAUUUCCUAGGGCUCAUUGGAUGACUACGGGCCACACACGAGGAGGGAUGAAUCGAGAAUAACUUGGGUGUACAAGGGCCUGCUCAUCCAGCAGAAGGUAGAGGCUGUUGUGGCUGCAAUCCAUUGCUGUGAAAGGUUUAGAUGUGGAUGUACUCUUUAUUUCCCACAUUCAGUCAGUCGACAAGAUUGAUUGGUGAAGUUCAAAUUCGUUUGGUAUGUGUACAAUGCAUUCUGAUUAGGGUUCUUAUUUCAAGAAGUGGGUUUUAGAAGGCGCCAAUUAUUGGUGUUAUCAUUUCCCCCUCUUCAGUUUUGGUCGAGCAAAUUCCCCUAACAACUGUAUAUUUUUUUCAUGUGAGAUGAGUUUUUGCUAAUAAACACAUCGAAGUGCAAUUAUGUAUACCGUGCUUGAAGUUUCGCAGUAAUUCUGGUGGAGCUCUUGGCGAUCAUUGCGAGAUUAGAUUGUUCAACCAAGUGAGUUGCAAUAUUCAAAAUCCAUACUUAGCCGCAGAGAGAUGCUCUUCCGCGUGGCGUCCUUAUCCCCUAACAAGACCUCCUUCUUCCUUUCCUGCUUCUCCAGAUCCACCGAUUCACUGUUUUUCCAUUCCAAAUGCUUUAAUAAUCUCCAACGCAACUACGUUUGGUUGCCGGUCAAGCAUAUUGCCACAAACCAACCAAAGAAUCCCAUUUCAACGGCGAGAAAGGCUACGCACAAUUAUUCCACCACUUCCGCUCAAGCCCUUGUCCAGGAACCUCCAAAUUCGAGCACCCGAAGAUCCCGUAAGAGAGAACGCCGUGAGUCCCCAGAGAUGAUUCUCCGCGUGAACCUCGAUCAGUGCUCCAGCAGCGGCAACUUGGAUAGCGCCCUUCUCUUGUACAGCGAGGCCAGGGGCAAUAACGUCCAACUCAAUGUACAUCAUUACAAUGUAUUGCUCUAUCUCUGUUCCAGCACUGGCAAUGGUGAGGUGGAUGCCGGAAAGUUGGACAAAGGGUUUGAGAUUUUUAAGCAGAUGCAGAUCGACAAGGUUGUACCGAACGAAGCCACGUUUACCAAUGUCUCGAGGCUGGCGGCCGCUAAGAAAGAUCCUCAACUGGCUUUCGAUUUGGUCAGACAGAUGAAGGAACAAGGGAUAGCUCCGAAGCUACGGUCUUACGGGCCCGCAUUGUUCGGGUUCUGCGGGGAAGGUCUUGCUGACGAGGCGUAUGAGGUGGACUCGCACAUGAAGGAAUGUGGGGUAUCCCCUGAGGAGACCGAGCUUUGUGCUCUUCUAAGAGUUAGUUCUGAAACUGAGAGAGAUGGGAAAGUGUAUGAAAUGAUGCAUAGGCUGAGGUCGACAGUGAGGCAAGUUUCGGAGGAGACUGCAGCUGUGGUGGAAGAGUGGUUUAAGUCGAAUAAGGCUGCGCGAGUCGGGAAUGAGAAAUGGGAUAAGGGUAAAGUGAGGGAAGGAGUUUUGGAGGGUGGAGGUGGGUGGCAUGGGCAAGGGUGGUUGGGAAAAGGGAGUUGGAGAGUGGUGAGGACGAGUAUGGACGAGAGAGGGGUUUGCGGGUCGUGUGGGGAGAGGCUUGUCUGUAUCGAUAUUGAUCCGGAAGAGACGGAGAAUUUUGCAAAGUCGCUGUCGAGAAUGGCCUGUCAGAAAGAAGCUGGGACAAACUUUGUGAAAUUUCAGGAGUGGCUUCGACAGCGUGGUCCAUUUGAUGCUGUGAUCGAUGGUGCUAAUUUGGGGCUUGCUAAUCAACAUAAAUUCAGUUUCCCUGAGAUUGCGAGAGUUGUGAAUCAAAUGCGUCAGAUCAGUCCUUCAAAGAAAUUACCACUUGUUGUUCUACAUCAGAGCCGAGUAACUGGUGGUCCAGCUCAGCAUCCUAACAACAAGAAAUUGCUGGAAAGCUGGAAAAAGGCAGGGGCACUUUAUGCGACGCCUCAGGGUUCAAAUGACGAUUGGUAUUGGUUGUAUGCUGCUGUGAAUUCAAAGUGCUUGCUGGUUACAAAUGAUGAGAUGAGGGAUCACUUGUUCAAUCUUUUAGGCAAUAACUUCUUUCCUAGAUGGAAAGAAAAGCAUCAGGUCCGGAUAAAACCUUCUCUUAAAGGGCUACUAACCUUGCGCAUGCCACCUCCUUAUUCACUUGUCAUCCAGGAAUCUGAACAAGGUAGUUGGCAUAUACCGACUGUUACUGGAGAUGAUCUUGAGACCCCAAGACAAUGGAUUUGCGCUACAAGGAUGAGACCACAGGUUUAGUCCCCAUCAUUCCAUGUAAGAUGAGAGAUGAACAUAUACUGAUAUGCUGGAAUUCAUUCUGCUUGGAUAUUCUUUCUGCCUUCAACCAUGGCCUUGUGUAAGCUUAGAAGGAAAUUAAGAAUCUUGGUCAUAAAUGCAAUGUUUAAAUUAAAAAUGAAUGACCAAAUGUGUAAUACCUUUGGCAAGGGUCCUUUUCUAAUUAUUAUUUACUUCAUACAUUGUCUUUUUGUUUUACAGCAUGUGUAUGGUUGUUCAAUUUCAGUAAAUUACCUUAAUCAAUCCUUUAGGUCUUACAAACUUACAAGCAGAUAAAUUAUGGGAUGCAAUGUGAUAUAUUAAUAGAAUACAUUUGUGCUAGAGGAAAAGGGGGUAAAGAACAUGUCCAGAGUUGCA